AGACGUGAUAUGGUUCAACAGUAUCAAUCACCUGUUCGGGUGUAUAAGCAUCCUUUUCCACUCGUGAUGAUGGACAUCGAUGACAGCAGUGGACAAAGUCACAUUCGGCAUAACUAUAUUUGAGAAGCAGGUGAAGUUCGUUUGAACUGACAGUGAAGAUGUGACAACCUCAACGCGAAGCAGUGACUGAUGACACUGCUUGCUGAUAGAAGCCUGGCAUUUCCUGAUGGCAUAUGAACGCAGGUUUCCUACCUGCCCGCAGAUUCCUGUUUUUGUUGGUUGCGAGAUAGUUUCAGAUGAAGAAAGCAAAAAUGGCGCGCUUAGAAUAACGGAACGCCGUUGUAAAUUAAACGUUGAAGCCCCGUAUAUUUUGAAAAAGAUUAUUGGGGUAGAUUUUGUAUAUUUCAUUCAGAGGAACGUUUUAGACAGGAGAAAUAGUAUUUUAGAAAUAGAAGCAUACAACGAAAGCUUUUCAUCCAGAGUAACAGUUAUUGAAAAAUGCAGAUAUUUUAUUCAUCCUGAAAAUUCUGAAUGGACAUGUUUUGAACAAACCGCGAGUUUAGAUAUUAAGAACUUUUUUGGUUUUGAGAACUCAAUGGAAAAAUUAGCAAUGAAACAGUAUGCUCAAAACAUUGCAAAGGGUAAAGAGAUUAUUGAAUAUUUUAUAAAUCAAUUACAAGAGGAGGGUAUUGUAUAUGUAGCUCCUUGGAAGGAUCUCAAUGAGUCAUCAGAAAAAGAGGAGGACGGUAUUACAAAGAGUCAAGAAUCGCUCACUCAAGAAGAUACUUAUUCUUAUGCAGAUAAUAAAUUACAAAAUAGAGAAAUGCAGCUUUCUUCAGAUUAUAUAGAAAGAUAUUUAGGAAAACUUGAUAUGAUACAAGAAAGCAAACUUAUUCAAUUAAGACAAAGCAUAAAAGAGUUAAGAGGAAGUUCAAUACCUGGAGAUGCAACUCUUUUAAGAUUUUUAAGAGCAACUGAAUUUUCAGUUGAAAAAGCAAAAGAAAUGUUAACACAGGCAUUACAUUGGAGAAAAAAACAUCAAAUUGAUAAACUACUUGAAGAAUAUGAUGUUCCACAGGUAGUAAAAGAUUAUUUCCCUGGUGGCUGGCAUCAUUUUGAUAAAGAUGGCCAGCCCCUAUAUAUUUUAAGAAUGGGCCAAAUGGAUGUGAAAGGAUUAUUGAAAUCUAUUGGAGAGGACGAUUUACUGUUGCUAGUACUACACAUCUGUGAAGAAGGUCUGGUUCUAAUGGAAGAAGCUACUGCUGUUUCUGGCCAUCCAGUUUCUCAAUGGUGUUUAUUAAUUGAUCUAGAAGGUUUAAAUAUGCGCCAUUUAUGGAGACCUGGUAUAAAGGCUUUAUUACGUAUUAUUGAAAUUGUUGAAAUAAAUUACCCAGAAACCAUGGGAAGAGUUUUAAUUAUGCGAGCACCUAGAUGCUUCCCUAUUUUGUGGACGCUGAUAAGCACGUUUAUAAAUGAAAAUACAAGAAAGAAAUUUAUAUUUUAUUGUGGCACCAAUUAUCAAGAGCAAGGUCCAGGCAGUCUAAGUGACUACAUUGAACCUGAAUAUAUCCCAGAUUUCCUUGGAGGAUCGUCAGAGGACAGUGUGUGCGAGAUUUAUGGUAUGGUACCUCGAAGAUUUUAUAUUUUCGACGCAACUGCUACUAACGUAGACCACGUUUUCGUUGUUUUUGAAAAGGCUUCUGCUUCUUGCCUGAAUCACCGUGUUGCAUACAUCACCGAAGGCGGAAUUGUACCAAAGGAACUGUACCAGGAACCUACAUCCGUCGAACAAGAGCAUAAUGUUUAUCACUCCAUUAGUCUAAGUCGUGGACAAAUUCAUCGUGUGAUAAUCCGUUGUAACGAUCCAGGAGCAGUUUUAACGUGGGAUUUUGACGUGAUGCGUCAUAAUAUUAUAUUUACUGUACUAUAUCAAGCUCACGACGAUACUAAGAAUGCUUCUACAGAAUCUGUUAUAGAUGAGGAUGCAGAGUUAUUGGAAAUGAAAGAAAUCAAAGGACAUUUCAUUAAGGUGGAACCAAGUAUUAUUUGUCAUGAUGGUGAAAGUAUUCAAGGUUCUCAUAUAAUGCAAGAUGCGGGUAUAUAUAUAUUACAAUGGCAUAAUCAAGAUGAUGCAGGAGAAUUUCUUCCAUCCAUUAGUGGUCAUAAAGCGCAACUUAUGUACUUUUAUGAGACAUUAUCUUCAGUUCAUUACAGGGGAUCCAUGAUGAGUUUACAGUCUGCUAUAAGUACAAAAUCAGAAGCAACUUCAUUUUUAUCUAGAUGACGUGUAAAACAUGCAUCAUAGAACACUUAUUAAUAUUUAGAGUUAUGGAACAAUUGAAAA